AUGACAUCGGUUUGCCCUGGAUGGAACUAUACUACGAACCACUCGUCUGAUGAGGAUGGUCGCAUCAUCGUUAUCUGGAAGGACCCUGCGUUGGUAAGAGUGUUGCAUCAGUCAAGACAAUCCUUAACUUGUGAAGUCAAUAUUGCCAAUAAACUUCAGUUUGUCUAUACAUCGGUCUAUGCUUCAAAUUUAAGGGAAGAAAGAACUAACCUCUGGGUUGAGCUCUUACGUAUUCAGCAGUCUUUCUCUCUUGACACCUGUCCUUGGAUUGUUGGAGGAGACUUCAACCAGAUCAUUCAUCACAAUGAGCAUUCUUCUCCCUCAGUCAACAGCCUGUCCCCACCAAUGUCGGAGCUGAAAGACUGUCUGUCUCAAAUGGACCUAUUUGACCUUCGUUUCCAAGGCCCUCUUUUUUCUUGGAGCAACAACCAGCCCUCUAACCCCAUUGCCAAGAAGCUUGACCGUGUCCUUGUCAACAACCACUGGAUCACCCUCUUUCCAGAUAGCGUUGUUACUUUCCUUCCCCCUCUACCAUCAGACCAUUGCCCAAGCCUAGUUGACCUCGCGUAUCAACUCCCCAAAGCAGGCACCCGCCCUUUCAAGUUCUUUAACUACCUCACUAAACACCCUAACUUCCUCCAGCUGGUACAUGAAGCUUGGACUCAGGCAGGAAGCUUUGCUCUCAAUCUUACUGAUCUCUGCUGGAAGCAAAAGACCAUUAAGGGAGACCUAAAAACCAUAAAUCGAGAGAAUUUUUCAAAAAUACAAGAGCGAGUGAGUGAAACUAACCGUUUGUUGCAAGAUGUGCAGGUACAGGCCUUAAAUCAACCAUCACAACAAACUUUCCAGCUUGAAAAGGACCUCCACGACAAAUGGACGUUUCUGAGGGACAUUGAGGAAAGUUACUUCAAGCAGAAAUCACGAGUGAAUUGGCUCAAGGAGGGAGAUCUCAAUACCUCUUACUUCCAAAAAAUUUGUCAGGCUAGAGCAAGUUACAACACCAUCCGGUCUUUCCUCCUGGAAUCUGGUGACUUAUUACUGGAUCCAUGUGAAAUGAGCGACCACGCCAUAGCUCACUUUACUUCAAUCCUGUCGCCAAACCACUCUGUUUCACCUCCGCUAUGGUCUUCCUAG